AUGUCUUCCCCCGUCUCUUGGCACACACUCCCCACCGAAAUUCAACUGGCAGUCAUUGACGGCCUGCGUCAACCAGACGUUCUAGCUCUAUCCAAGGUUGACCAACGAACCUACAGAGCUUGUGUACCAGCAAUCUUCAAAAGCGUUAAAAUUCCCAACUUCGAAGCCUUGCAACGCUUCCUGUGUAACGUGCCUCGUGGCUACUUGAGCCACAUUCAAGAGCUUUUCAUUUCUACACAAGAUGCCGUCUCAAAGCCGAUAUCACUACGCGUCCGAACGGAUUUUGUCAUCUCAUUGCUUUCGGCUACACCUCGUUUGGUUAAGCUGUCACUCCAAAUGGCAGGAUCAUUGGACAAAAGCGUGAUCACACCCUUCCCCUACCUCACCGCUUUGAAACAUCUUCACAUUGCAAACUGCGCCGAGGAAGAAAAAACCCCAUUCGUGCACAGGAGUGAGAGGCUGGUCGUUUCAAUCGCUGCUUCUCUUAGGAACCUAGAAGACCUUUCACUCGAUCGCAUCUCUCGUUCAAAAAUCCACGCUCCAGAUUUAGAUGGCGUCUUUCCUUAUAUUCCGCUCGUUAUCGGGGACGAGGACAUCCCGACUCACUCCCUCCUUGGACCGGAUCUUUCCCUACCGUCCCUUCUUCGUAUCCCAAGCUUGCGUAAACUCACCAUUCGCGACACUCACCUCGGCGAUGAACGGUGGGCAACGACCUCGGUUGCAUGUCGGCUCGAGGUCCUGGACCUCGGAAGCUGCCAGCACGCGAACGACGCGUUCACCGAACGGAUCAUGGCUGCCGUAGGCCCAUCGGUUGAUGAAUUCACCCUCACCACCGCGGUAUCGGAUAAUCUCUUUGCCAAACCCUCUGUGACGCCCCUGCAACGCCUACGUAAACUCCAUAUUACGCCCUAUUUCCCCAUCGAGAGUGUUGUUGACACUAUGUCCAACCUCGCUGGGUCUCCUAUUGAAACGUUGUCGAUGCAGUGCUACGAGGACGAUGUUGUUGACGCUUGUGCCGCCUUGGAGGACUUUUUAUCCCUCAAGAUUGAGCGGGGCCCUCGAUUCUACGACAAACUCAAAAACAUCAAUGUGUCUGUCACUUCGAGCCUUGAUGGUUCAUUGGUUACCCCUGAGGAGGCCCAUGAGCGACUGGCAGCAACUCGCCGCCUACAGGCCUUCUGCUGGGACCUCUGUUUGGCGAGUAUUGUGGAGAAGUAUGCGGCUUCCAAUGGGGGCGAGCACACGUCCGUCACCUCUUUCACCGACGCUCGGCGAGGGAAUAUCAUUGGGGAUUCAGAAUUACAACACAAAGCUAAGCAGCUGAAAAACACACCAUUCCGCCCUAUGAAGAUCCUAACAAUCCUUGGCGUUGGGAAUGUUACCAGUCCCGCCGGGAACGGAUCCAUGGCCUCUGUCAGAUUCGCGAACACCGGUGCAGAGUACUGUGAAUCACAGAUUGCACAAAUUUUGAUUGCGAGGCCUUGGGGCGGCUACUAUCCACAAUUCUUUCUCGUUCAUGAACGCCAAAAUCAUUGGCGCGGGCAGGAAAACGUGACUGACACUGGUCCCGAUGCCAACGGAACGCUGAAGGCCCGUGUCUUUCGUAUGACAAGACUGAUGGGCGCAGUCGCGGUUCCAAAGGAUGACGUAGAUUGGGUUUCUUGUGCUGCUCUUCGGAUCCGGUAUUGUCAUGGCAUCGUGUAUGAUGUUGAUACCAACGCUUCGGGUGUGAUGGUUAGCAAUGUCAAUACUGUCACUUUGCGCAUCCCAUUCGAUGUCGACUCCUCUUAUAUGGGAGAGACCGCUGCUGCGACAGACGACCUUCAGGUCGUCUCGUUGAAAGCCCGACUUGCAGUCCAUUCUGGUAGACUACCUAUCUGGAGAGGAACCGCUUGGGCUCAAGUCAAGAACGGAAAGCUGACAGAAUUCUUAUGA